AUGGCGGAUAAUCUAGACUCUCUCAAGGCUAUCACCACGGAGAGUAUUGAUCUGGAAAAUGUUCCCGUCGAAGAGGUUUUUCAACAUCUCAAAUGUACGAAACAAGGGCUGACAUCAGAUGAAGUGCAGGAGCGACUUACCUUGUUUGGUUACAACAAACUUGAGGAGAAAAAGGAGAGUAAGAUACUCAAGUUCUUGGGAUUCAUGUGGAAUCCACUUUCAUGGGUCAUGGAAGCUGCAGCCCUCAUGGCCAUUGGUCUUGCACAUGGAGGAGGAAAGCCACCGGAUUAUCACGAUUUCGUGGGUAUUGUGGUCUUGCUUUUGAUCAAUUCAACAAUCAGUUUUGUAGAAGAAAACAAUGCCGGAAAUGCAGCUGCUGCUCUCAUGGCUCAGUUAGCACCUAAAGCAAAGGCGAUCCGCGAUGGGAAAUGGAACGAGAUAGAUGCAGCUGAGUUGGUUCCAGGAGAUGUAGUUGCUAUCAAACUUGGAGACAUCAUUCCUGCUGAUGCUCGUCUUCUUGAAGGAGAUCCUUUAAAGAUUGAUCAGUCUGCACUUACCGGUGAAUCUCUUCCGGUAACCAAAAACCCCGGUGCUUCGGUGUAUUCUGGUUCAACUUGCAAGUCAGGUGAAAUCGAAGCGGUUGUUAUAGCCACUGGUGUCCAUACUUUCUUUGGUAAAGCCGCUCAUCUUGUGGACAGUACUACACAUGUUGGUCACUUCCAAAAGGUUUUGACGGCAAUAGGAAACUUCUGUAUCUGUUCGAUUGCGCUAGGGAUGGUGAUUGAAAUCAUUGUUAUCUACGGUCUUCAAAAGAGAGGAUACCGUGUUGGUAUCGAUAACCUUCUUGUAUUAUUGAUUGGUGGAAUCCCUAUUGCAAUGCCUACUGUUCUCUCUGUUACAAUGGCAAUUGGUGCUCAUCGCCUUGCUCAACAGGGUGCUAUAACAAAGAGAAUGACAGCUAUUGAAGAAAUGGCAGGAAUGGAUGUUCUGUGCAGUGAUAAAACGGGUACUCUCACGCUAAACAAGCUUUCCGUGGAUAAGAAUCUCAUCGAGAUUUUCAAGAGGGGAAUAGACAAGGAUAUGGCUGUUCUUAUGGCUGCAAGAGCUGCACGUUUAGAGAACCAAGAUGCUAUUGAUACCGCGAUUGUUUCCAUGUUAUCAGACCCGAAAGAGGCACGUGCUGGAAUUCAAGAACUUCAUUUUCUUCCAUUUAGUCCAGCUAAUAGAAGAACUGCACUAACCUACCUUGAUGGAGAAGGCAAAAUGCACCGAGUUAGCAAAGGAGCUCCUGAGGAGAUUUUGGAUAUGGCGCACAACAAGUUAGAAAUCAAGGACAAGGUACAUUCUACAAUCGAAAAAUUCGCAGAACGUGGCUUAAGAUCCCUUGGAUUGGCAUAUCAGCAAGUACCAGAUGGUGAUGUUAAAGGUGAAGGUGGACCAUGGGACUUUGUAGCUCUUCUUCCUCUGUUUGAUCCUCCUCGUCAUGAUAGUGCACAAACAAUUGAGCGUGCUCUUCAUCUUGGAGUCAGUGUUAAAAUGAUCACAGGUGACCAGCUUGCCAUUGCUAAAGAAACAGGAAGAAGGCUUGGAAUGGGAACAAACAUGUACCCAUCUUCAUCUUUACUCUCUGAUAACAACACUGAAGCAGUUUCCAUCGAUGAACUUAUCGAAAACGCAGAUGGUUUCGCAGGAGUCUUUCCUGAGCACAAGUAUGAGAUUGUUAAGAGAUUACAAUCGCGGAAACACAUUUGCGGUAUGACUGGAGAUGGAGUAAAUGAUGCACCUGCAUUGAAGAAAGCUGAUAUUGGAAUAGCUGUGGAUGAUGCUACUGAUGCAGCUCGAAGUGCUUCUGAUAUUGUUUUAACAGAACCUGGUCUUAGUGUUAUCAUUAGUGCUGUCUUGACUAGCCGUGCAAUUUUCCAAAGAAUGAAAAAUUACACGAUAUAUGCAGUUUCUAUCACUAUACGUAUUGUGAUGGGUUUCAUGCUUCUAUGUGUCUUCUGGGAGUUUGACUUUCCUCCAUUCAUGGUUCUUGUUAUUGCAAUCCUUAACGAUGGUACUAUAAUGACUAUAUCAAAGGACAGAGUCAAGCCUUCUCCAACACCAGAUUGUUGGAAACUUAAGGAAAUUUUUGCUACUGGUGUUGUUCUUGGAGCUUACUUGGCGAUCAUGACCGUUGUGUUUUUCUGGGCAGCUUAUGAAACUAACUUCUUCCCUAAACUUUUCGGUGUGAGAGACUUUAACCAGCACCAUUUCGACAUGAAAGACAAGAAAGUAGCUGCUCAUUUGAAUGAACAGAUGGCUUCUGCUGUGUACCUUCAAGUCAGUACGAUUAGUCAAGCGUUGAUCUUCGUGACGCGUUCAAGAAGCUGGUCAUUUGUUGAACGACCUGGUUUUCUUCUUGUCAUUGCUUUCCUAAUUGCUCAACUGGUUGCAUCGGUGAUAUCAGCAAUGGCAACUUGGCCUUUUGCUGGAGUUAGAAGCAUUGGAUGGGGUUGGACUGGAGUUAUUUGGAUAUUCAACAUAGUAACUUACAUGUUCCUUGAUCCUAUCAAAUUCGCUGUCCGUUAUGCUCUAAGUGGCAAAUCUUGGAACCGAAUGAUGGACCAAAGGACUGCCCUCACAGGCAAGAAGAAUUUUGGCCAAGACCAACGAAUGGCUGCGUGGGCCACCGAGACGCGUACACUGCACGGUUUAGAGACCGGUCAAAAGCCAGCUAGUGCAACAGAACUUAACAACAUGGCUGAAGAAGCGAAAAGGCGCGCAGAAAUUGCAAGAAUGAGAGAGACUCAAACAUUGAAGGGGAAAGUUGAAUCAGCUGCAAAGCUGAAAGGAUAUGAUCUUGAUGAUGUUAACAACAACAAUUACACAAUCUAA